CUGUAGACAUGUAUGCAUUGUUUACUACGAACUGUACUUAUGUUUUAAUUUACAAUAGCAAACACUCGUCUUCUCUUCUGUUCAACCGCACCCGUAACCCUUGCACCGUCCCCUGUAACCCGUAUAGUUAGUCGCGAUAUAAAUUCAUUCACAUACAGUCAGAAUGUUGAUGUCCGAUAGCCCCAUCUGCCUGUGGCCUCAGUGCAACGAGUUGUUCAUGUGCGUCGAAGAUCUCAUCCAACAUGUCGAGGAAGAGCAUGUUAUGAGCGAUAAAAAGUCAUCUAUUGACACCGCAUUCGACCUGCAGCGUCUGGACUCUGGGCUUGAAUUAGUACUAUCUCCCAUUGGAUUAGAUGCCGCCGUGAGCAUAAACGCAGCAUCGAACGCGAACGCUACCACGUUCGCGCAUACGGCAUCGUUGCCCACAUGCUUUACACAAUCGAUGGAGUUGUGUGGAACUAAUUCUAAUGUUGGUAAUAGUUAUAGUAAUUUAAGUACGGGGUAUGUAACCGCUAGGAGUGUUGAUUUGGAUUCCCCUGUCUCGCGGUUCAUCCACAUGUCGCAUGUGAGCCCCUACUUCACGGACGAGGAAAGAGCUGUGCGACGUAAACAACAGGAGUUGUGUCGAAGGCGCCCCAUCGGUACCCACGACUCGCUGCUGCUUGACGACGACUUCGCCGAUAUGGACUUGGACCUGCCACUGAGGAAACGACGCAAAUCUUCCGGUGUUGAUUCCGCUUAUGGAUAUGAUUUGAUCGAUACACAGCUAGGCUCGCGAUCGUUCUCUCCGGCAGACUCGGCCAUAGGUAGCCCUAUAUGUGAGGUACCAGUAAAGACAUCUCAGUUCGCCCACUCCAGUACAAAGUCAACAGACGCGUCCACCGCCGUUGUGCCCACCUCCGGUCUACCUGCCUGCUCAUGUACACCCACAGCUACCUGCGCUACAACUACUACAAGUGCGACUGUCUGUGAGUAUGCCUCUACGGCGACAUCCACGUGCUCGUCCACAUGCCCGUCCAGAUCGAGCACGCCAAUCUACUCCGCCCACGAAGACUCUGCGUCUAAAGAAAGUUCGACACAACCGGUGGUCAAAAAAUUGGACACCUUCAGCCGGGAAAUCAUUGCCGCGAGUUCGGCGCAGAUCGACCCCAGCGAGAAGAGACCUUACAGGUGUCCCGUGCCUUUGUGCGAUAAGCAGUACAAGAAUCUUAACGGAAUCAAGUACCACUCGCAGCACGGGCACACCAACCUGGGUCCAGAGCAGCAAGUGUACCAGUGUCACCUGCAAACAGAGAGCAACCCCAUCAACACCCGGUGUAACCAUACCGUCCGCAGUUCGGCUAGUAUGAAGGAGCACGUGAAGAAGGACCAUCCCGCUUUUGUAGAGCGUGUUGGAAGGGAACGCAACCCCCGUCCUUCGGUCAGCAAAGCGUCGACACAGGCACAGAAGGCUACCCUUCCAUCCGCGCAGAAGGCCGCUCUCACACAGACUCAGACGCAAGGUCAGACAGCUACCCCGGCUCAUGUAGUACACGCACUCGCUUAAGCACGCACGGCCAAGGUGCAGGUAUAGCACACCUUGGGUAUGUGUGUGUGUGUACGAGACUUGUACACGCGCAUUGAGAGCACUUCGGAAUAUGAGGUACCAGCUGCGAGAGACCCUGUCACAGGGCUGAUGUGUCUAUUUGCUAGCCAACGGUUUUAUGCCUCCAAGUGCUUGGCUUAGUUCAGAACCAACCGCCCUUUUAUACACCCUCCACCCCCUGAAUGUGUUAUGUAUAUACAUAUUAGAAGUUUCGACCGGAUCGAAGAAAAGACACAAAAACUCGGGGCGUGGAUACAAGGUGGGCUCGACAGUUAGAGCAGGGAAUUUAAAAUAGAUAUAAGAGUAUUCAUUUAACCAAGUUAAUGAGGUAGAUUUAAUACUACAUACACGUGCACGUCAACAACUUACGUGACCCGAUGAAAGUUCAAGGAUUGUUAAAUUGAUAUGAAUAAAGGACGUAAUCGAAAUUACAAG